UUCAAUUUCGGUAGAAUGCGCACGUUUCUUUUCAGUCACUGUACAACAAAGAAGCCGUCGGCUACAACAUCAAGCGAGCACAUCACUAGGCGGAGACACGCGAGCAUUUCUUUCCAAAGAAGAAACUUCGCGAAAGGAGCGUCUGCGAUGGGAGUCCAAACGGUGGAGGUGUCGUCGGCCAAUCGGCCCGGCGCGGGAAGUCUGAUGUCACCGGCGCCGCCAGCCACGGGCGUCGCUACCGGCACCAAUGACGUGGAAAAGGGCACGACCGGCCAGAAGAGCGGCGAUCAGUGGGGCAAAAACAUGCAGAGAUGGCGCAACGAUAACAUUGACAUUGGCAAAGCAGACCCUGGCGGCCCUGGCAUCUGUGCAUUCAUCUUGACACUCUUCUCGUUCCUGCUCAUUUUGGCCACGUUCCCGCUCUCGCUAUGCUUCUCCGUCAAGGUGGUACAAGAAUACGAACGAGCUGUCAUUUUCCGCUUGGGUCGUUUGCUCAAAGGAGGCGCCCGCGGUCCCGGUAUCUUCUUUAUCGUCCCCUGCAUCGAUACUUAUCGUAAAAUUGAUCUUCGUACCGUCUCAUUCGAUGUCCCACCGCAAGAGAUUUUGUCACGUGACUCCGUAACGGUGGCCGUCGACGCGGUCGUCUAUUACCGCGUGCACAAUCCAACCAUAGCCGUUUCCAAUGUGGAAAAUUUCAGCCACUCGACCCGUUUGUUGGCGGCCACGACUCUACGUAACGUUCUGGGUACCAAAAACUUGGCUGAAGUUCUGUCAGAACGCGAGACCAUCUCCCAUACGAUGCAGAGCUCCUUGGACGAAGCCACCGAUCCUUGGGGUGUUAAAGUGGAACGCGUUGAAAUUAAGGACGUUCGCUUGCCAGUGCAACUGCAACGAGCCAUGGCUGCAGAAGCUGAGGCUGCCCGUGAAGCUCGUGCUAAAGUCAUUGCCGCCGAGGGAGAACAAAAAGCCUCUCACGCUCUUAGGGAAGCUGCGGAGAUAAUCUCCGAAUCACCUGGCGCCCUUCAGUUGCGCUACCUUCAGACGCUCAACACCAUCUCAGCUGAAAAGAAUUCUACCAUCAUAUUUCCGUUGCCGAUCGAUAUAUUGAAACAUUUCAUCAAACCCGAUAAGAAGGACAAGAAAUAAAUGAGGUAAUUCGCGAAACGAAAAAAGGAAAUGUCAACUGGCAAAUGAACAGUCGGUCAUUCAAAUGAAUCGUCGAAUCAUUGUAAACUAAAUCUGACAAACUGUUAAUCAUUAUGGUGCUUCUAAUUUACGUAUACUAUAAUUCUGCUGGUCUCAUGGUCGAUGGGGAACACUUCUUCACAAUUGCAUUUCAAAGGUCGUACGAGUAUGGGAACUUUCUUUUUCCCCCAUUCGCAACUUUUGAAUAAUUAAACAAAACAAAAAAUAAGUUGGUAGACGCACCUUUAUCUUCAAAACAAUAUGCAUCAAACUCAACCCACUCAGAAGAACAGAAAACAAGCAACACAUCACAACUGAAUCAUUUCUACGACAAAAAUACGACGAAGGAAGGAUUCAUCGUCGAACGCGGCCCACUUGCAAUUUUUUUCCCACGUUAUUGUUAUUCUCUAACCCUAUACUCUUUCUAAUAAGAACCCGUCUAAUAAGAGUUCUUAAUUCUCUAGUCAAAUUCGGUUUCCCUUCAUAUUAUUCAUUGGCUAAUAAUUACGGCUGGCACAAUAUUGCCAGUUCGUUCACAAACUGUUGUUACCAUUGAAACACUUCGAUCUGGUUCUAAAAUUAGCACGAAUUAGUUGAAUUUAAAUAUCAUCGAUAAUGUUUGUUUUCUAGCUCCAGAGACGUCAAAUGUCCUUCUUCCCUUUCUCCCUCUCUUCUUUUUCGAUCUUACGAUUCUCUUUAGUGUCAUUCACAUUGAUUGGCCAUGUUGGUUUGUUAUUCUGUCGUUAACUGGCUAACUGAGUGCGGGGAUGGCAAAUUUCAACGGACGAGGCUGUUUGUAUUUUUCAUUUGUUUUAUUUUUCUUCGUUUAUUUUAUUUUUUUGUUUUUGUUUUGUUUUUUUGUCACAUAAAUAUGCCCAUCACUUGUUGUUAAUUUUUGCCAAAUCUUUUGGCAAAAAAACGUCUUGUGAUAACCUCCUAUCUACCUUUAAUUAUAACAUUCUUUUUCGUCCAAAGAAAUAUCAAUAUAAAAAUCAAAGAUCUGAACUUGUACUGCUACACUUCAAAAAGACAAGAUAAUAAGCUAGUUUAUAGUUAGACUAAAUUUGAUAGAACAGGGUCAAAAUAAAGCUAAUAUUCUUCAACGUCGCUAUAUUUUGAAACUAAAUCGUUCAUAGUUUGCUAUAUGUGGGUUAAUGUAAAGAAAAAAUAAAACAUUGGCAUGGAAAAGUGGGAGCCUUUCCACUUUUGUCAAAAUCUGCGAAAAACGACAUCUCAUGGAAUUUGACAAAAAUCCCACGGCAUAAUCCAAAUUGAACGUUGAUUUCGAUUAAGUUGUUGGUUUUCUCGUUAAACCAUCAGUAAAAAAAAAAAAAAAAAGUGCUGCCACAGACAGACAGAAGUGCAGACUAGGAGUAGAUCUACUCAUAGAUAGAUGUAAUAGAUUAAGUUUUAUUGAAUUCCAAGUCAAAAUUCUAAGCCGAAUUUUUAUACAAUAAGUGGGACUUAAAAUGUCGGGCUUAAUUAAUGAAGUAAAACUAGAUACCUUAUCAAUAGAUGGCUACACUGUUUAGUGGAUCGUCUGCAGUAGAAAUUUAUGGUUAUGGUUCAUCAGAUGUAGCCUAGUUGUUAGGGGUUCCAGACGUAUACAGCGAGGAGUUAAUAAAUCUUCAGUGCUUUUCGUUUUAAACAUUCUUUUGGCUACUCGUUAAUUCACUGAAAUUUGCCAUUUUUUCGUACCAACCUGAGGGACACACACGAUUGUUUGAAAGUUAAUUUUUCACUAGACAUCAUUUAAACAGUGCAGUUCCUAUCCGCAGCCCUACAGUGUGCAAAAAUAGACAGUGGAAAAAAUCUGCUCAUCGUGCUUUGCUGGCCUGCACCAUGCUGGCCUGCACAAUCCCUUAAGGAAAUUAGUAGCUGUGGACUUUCUUUAGAUGACUCUUGUAUCGGAAAUAUUUUCCUGCUUCUUGGAACAUGGAACAUAGGAUGUCUUGAUGCCAACCAAGUGUCAUGGGAAAGAUAUUGUAAAAAGAUGUUUAAGG